AUGGAAGUUAUAGAAAGUAAAGAAUGUUUGUGGGAUAUAACCAAGAAAGUGUCCAAAGAUAAAAUUUUGCGUAGAAAUGCAUGGCGCGAUGUUUGUGCCUUUUUAGAGCUGAAUUUUGAGGAUAUGGACCAGAAAAACAAAGACGAAAUUACAAGUGAUGUCAUGAACAAGUGGAGUAACAUUCGAGACACAUUUAUAAAGUCCCUUAAGACUAAGUCAGGACAAGCUGCAAAAGUACAUGUAAAAAGUACAUUUACAGUGAUAACCUACAAUUUUUACUCAAGACUGUAA